AUGAGCGUUCCUCAUUUGUUCAGAUGCCCGAUAAGCUUGGAAAUCUUCACUGAUCCUGUUACCUUGAGCACUGGCCAGACCUACGACCGGCCGAGCAUCGAGAAAUGGCUCGCCGACGGCAACCGGACGUGCCCCGUCUCAAUGCAGAGGCUCACCGAUACCACAUUAAUCCCCAACCAAACGCUCCGCCACCUUAUUGACCAGUGGCUCCUCGCCGAUUGCCGCGAGUCCGUGCAGUUUCCUCACGCCGCGGAUUUCGACUUCUCGGUCAUCGCGCUCAGACAGGAACUCCUUUCGCCGUCGGCGAAGCUGGACGCGGCCAGGAAAAUACACGUCCUGUCUGUGGAGUCUGACGUCGGCCGGGCAUGCUUGAUACAGCUUGGGUUCUUUCCUCUGCUGCUUCAGCUGCUGUUCCGAGAAUCGGGAGGAGGAACCGUCCUCGAUGCUGAGUUCGCCGGAGUGUUGCUCAACUCCGUUCUGAGCUUGUCGGUCUCCGGCGUUCCUUUGGAUUCCCUAAACAUGCUCAAAGAGGAAGCGGCGGCUUUGUCUACGCUGGUGCACCUAUUUGACCGAGGCAAUGCCGAGAUCAAGAUCGGUCUAUGCCAUCUCCUCGAAGUUAUGGCUUCUUCUUCUGCCACCCGCGAGCUCUGCUCGCUCGUCGGCCAGUCCCCGCAGGUCUUGCAGAUUUUAGUUUCCAUGCUCAUCGACAAGUCAAGCACAAGCACUUUGAAAGCCUCGGAGGCGGCCGUCCGCGCCACGGCGGUCCUGUGCUCAUCGUCGGAGGACAACCGACGCCGCGCGAUCGGGCAAGGCGCGGUGGACGGCCUCGUCGCGCACCUGCUGUCGAAUUGCUGCGCUCGGCGCAACGCCGCGCCGGCAUUGGCCGCGCUGGAGCUCCUCCUGGAACUCGAGGCGGGGAAGAAGGCGCUGGUGGAGAACCCGAGCGGCGUGAGAGCGCUAGUGAAGAUGGUCUUCAGGGUGUCAACAGGGCACGAGGGGAGCGAGCACGCGCUGAGGUCACUGCUGGCCGUGUGCGGCGAAUCGGAGGGGGCAAGGGAGGCAGCGGUGGGCGCCGGCGUGGUGACGCAGUUGCUGCUGCUGCUGCAAAGCCAGUGCGGCGCGGCAGCGAAAACCAAAGCCAGGGCCCUGCUCAAGAUGCUGAGAGCUUCUUGGAAUGGCGAAACAAAGGAGGUUCUGUAACUGCAAUU